AUAUGGUUUGCAUAUCGCCAAAAAUUUCGAAGCGUUUUUAGUGGUUUCCAAUAUUUCAGAUUUUAUCAUCAAUCAAAAGUGUGAGGGGAUGGCUGAUAGGCCUAAAAGAAUGAACGGAAAAAAGAAUGAGGCUAACGAAUCAAAAAAGAAGAAAGUUACCCAUGAUGAGACUACAGAAAUGAAUGAUUACACUCAGGAAGAACUGGAAGAAGUGGAACGAAUAAAAAAUUCCGAGAAUUUGUAUGCAAUAUUUGGCGUCAAUGAAGAUGGUACUGAGGAGGAGAUAAGAAAAGCCUACAAAAAAUUGGCACUUAAGGUUCAUCCUGACAAAAACAAAGCCCCAGGUGCAGCAGAUGCGUUCAAAAAAAUAGGCAAUGCUGUUGAUAUACUGACAGAUCAGAAGAAACGGAAGUCUUAUGAUGAGAUUAGUAGAGAAGAAGAGAAGAGAAAGACGACAUUCAGAAAAUAUGACCACACGAGCGAAAUGAAGUCAACUGAUCUACAGAACUUGUUGAUUUCAUUUGCGAUUGCGGGAACUGCUUUAGGAAUAUUCUAUUUGUGGUCUGAAUAUUCAGAUGGAAAGAAGAAGAAAGAAAAAGACAAAAAAUAAAUAAAUCCGCAGAAUGAAAAACAAAACUUCAGAGUAUGCGUAACGAAGUAAGGCACGUCGCGGUGCAGCUGUGAUUAUGUUGGGGUUAAGAUACAAUUUUUCAUCAUAAUAUAUACUUUUCCAUUUGUAGAUAAUAGUUCUGUUCAAUAAAUACUUCCAGAUUUUAGAUAAAUUAAAUGAUUAUUUUC